AUGAAGCUUUCCGCCACUUUAUCGAUUAGCCUCCUGGCUCUGGCACUUCCCUUCACCCAAGCAGCCACAACCAAGAGAUCUUCCAUGCUUCGUACAGUUGUGACAACUGAUAUGGAGCAAGAUGACCUGGCCUCGCUCAUUCGCUACCUUCUCUAUACCAAUGAACUCGACACUCAGGGCCUCAUCUACACUUCUAGCCGGUACCACUGGGCCGGUGACGGAAAUGGUACAAAGUUCUUUAUGCCCGACCGCGAAUAUAACACAUCACAGUGGACCUGGUGUUGGACCGGAACUCGCUUUAUCCAGGAUAAAGUUCUUCAGGCGUAUGCCGAGGUUUACCCGAACCUGCACUGCCACGAUCCAUUCUACCCCACACCAGACGACCUCUUGUCGAAAGUCAAAAUUGGCAACAUUGACUUUGAGGGGGAUUAUUCCCACGACACGGACGGGAGUAAUCUGAUCCGAUCUUUGUUACUGGAUAAGGACCCGCGGCCGCUUUAUUUGCAGGCGUGGGGUGGCGUCAACACCAUCGCUCGCGCUCUGAAAUCUAUCGAGAAGUACUCUGGCUCGCGACAGUGGAGUCAAAUCCAGAAAACCGUUUCUAAGAAAUCUGUGAUCUUGGCUAGCGGGUUCCAGGACAAGGCGUACAGUGAAUACGUUGCUGUGAAGUGGCCGCAGGUACGGGUGGAGAACUUUGAGGCUGGAUACAAAACCUGGGGAUACAACUGUGAGAAGGGUCAUGGCAAUACUCGGGGCCUGCCUUCUCAAAACGACUACUUCACAGGUGCAUGGAUGAAAGAGCAUAUCCAAACAGGGGUGUACGGACAACUCUACCGCUCUUGGCUUGAUGGUCAGUCCAUGCCAGGUGAUCAAAAUGACAUCUUCGGCGAUCCUGCGAAGGCAAACUCAUCAUCCGCAUUCUGCAAGCCACUCGAGAAGUAUAGCUUCUUGUCAGAAGGCGACAAUGUGGUAUUCAACCCGUUACUGACGACCGGAAUCCAAGAUCCAACAAACCCAAGCCUGGGUGGGUGGGGUGGGAGGUCCAUCAAGAACAGCACCACCGAGAAUCUGUGGACAUUGAUUGACAGCGAGAUGAGCAAGAACGGCUCCGAUGUUGACAACUACACAACCGAUCGCUGGAUGGCCGCCGUUCAAAACGACUUUGCUGCUCGCAUGAAGUGGACACUUACACCGGAUUACGCUGAAGGAAACCACGCACCUUCCGUGAAGAUCCUGAAUGGGACCAUCAAAGCACACUCUGGGUCAACGGUGACACUAGCCGCUGCAGUGAGCGACCCUGAUUCUGACAAAGUUACCACAUCUUGGUGGCAAUUCUUUGAAGAAGGCACAUACUCUGGUAGCGUGACCGUGACCGAGGAAAGUGACCACCGAGCAACUGUGAAGAUCCCUGAUGAUGCAAAGUCUGGCCAAACGGUCUCCAUAAUUCUAGAGGGUACUGAUUAUGGUCAAGUACCAUUGACCCGUUACGCACGUAUCUUUAUCCACGUUAUUUGA